AUGAGUGUGACCCUUGCGGCCCCAAUCGCGCCGGAAGCUCAGCCAAAGUUUCUUGUUGAAAUUGCUGACAAUCUCUCGUUCACAUUAUUCACACAUACACUUACAGUCGGGCCUUAUGCUGGAUGUGAGUGCAUAUCCACUUUCGCACAGGCACCGGAUAGUCCGACUCUGCAGAUGCUACUGUGCCCUGGUCAUGAACCUAUAUAUAAUGUAGAACGUAUUUCCAUGUUUAUACUCAUUUUAGACAGAGAGAAACAAAGAAUAGAAGUUAUGACUGACCAUCAUUCCAGAGUAGUCCUCUGUUACAAUAAAUCUGGGAUAUAUCUUCGAGAGAAAUGUGUGGGGCUCAAGGAUUUGGCUUUUAUCCUUCCAGGGCACACAUUCUUUAGUGUGUUAACGAGCACUGAGCACUACCUUUCGCUAGAAAAGUACAUACCAUUUACUGAAGUUGUUCCGUCCUUAUCACAAGCCAUGGAGAUGCACUUUGAGCCCAGUGAUAACCUUGUAAUGAAGUUCCUAGAAAUUCUAAAGGAGCUCAUAUCUAAUCAGCUGAGCAGACAUCCCGAGAUCCGUAUACUGGCUUCUGGCGGCAUCGACUCCACCUUACUAGUAUAUAUUUGUGCAACUCAUAUUUUAGAAAAAAGUCAAUCUAGAAUAGAACUUUUUAAUAUAAACUUUUUUGAAUUUGCUAAGGAUGCAGUUGCAUUUAGGUCCCUAUGUGACUCUCCGCGGCUACAGAGGAUUGUCGAGUCAUGUCCGGAUCGCAUAAAAAUCACGAGCAUGUCAAUCCCUGAAGUAAAGUUUAGAAGCAGUCUACAGCAAGUAAGGGACUUAAUAGCCCCCUGCCCGCCAACUGUGAUGAUGCUAAACUUAGGAUCAAUACUAUUUCACUCGACGAGGAGGGCCGAUGGGUCAGAGAUCGACGUUCCUGUCAUGUCCGGAUUGGGCCCGGACGAGUAUUGCGGUGCGUAUGCAGCAUUACGGGACGGUGACACGUGCACGUGGAAACUCUCAGUCAAGCAUGCCUGCCAAAACCUAUUUGAGAGGAAUAUCACUAGGGAUUCUGGGGUAUUCUCCCGAGUAGUUUACCCGUACCUAGAGCCGAUGGUCGCUGCCUUCUUCAACUAUCUGAUGGAGUCAGAGAGAUAUGAGUAUCUCAGAAAUAAAAAGAUAUUAAGGGAUGCUGCCUGGCUAUUGGGAGUCCCACCAGAGUUGGUCGCCCGACCUAAACAGGCAGCUCAGUUUGGUAGUGGGUGUGCAAAAAUCCUAAAGGGAGGAGGGUAUGACACCGUUUGCCUUGCAUGCUCCUAUUCAUAA